UGAUAAUAAAACAGGAAAACAGAUAAGAGUGUUAUAGUGAUUUAUCGGAUCUGAUAUUGUACCUGGAUGUGAGUGAAGGCAGCUCCCACCAUGCUGGACUUUCUGGCUGAGAAUAACCUGUGUGGCCAAGCCAUUCUAAGGAUUGUGUCUCGGGGAAACGCCAUCAUUGCUGAGCUGCUGCGCCUCUCUGACUUCAUUCCUGCUGUGUUCAGACUCCGGGAAAAGAGUGACCAGCAGAAAUAUGGAGACAUCAUCUGUGACUUCAGCUACUUCAAGGGUCCAGAAUACUAUGAGAGCAAACUUGAAGCAAAACCAGAACUGCAGGACCUGGAUGAGGAGUUUAGAGAAAACAACAUUGAGAUACUUUCACGCUUUUACUUGGCUUUUGAAAGUGUCCAUAAGUAUAUUGUAGACCUGAUAAGGUACCUGGAUGACCUGAAUGAAGGUGUGUACAUUCAGCAGACUCUGGAAACAGUCCUGCUCAAUGAGGAUGGAAAACAGCUUUUGUGUGAAGCUCUGUAUCUGUAUGGCGUCAUGCUGUUGGUAAUAGAUCAGAAAAUAGAAGGGGAAGUCAGAGAGAGAAUGCUGGUUUCCUAUUAUAGAUACAGUGCUGCCCGUUCCUCAGCAGACUCCAAUCUUGAUGACAUUUGUAAACUUUUAAGAAGUACCGGCUACUCCAGCAACCCUGGAACUAAACGCCCACCCAACUACCCUGACAGCUACUUUCAGAGAGUUCCCAUCAGCCCCACCUUCAUCAGCAUGAUCAUAGGUCGCCUGCGCUCUGACGACAUCUACAACCAGGUCUCUGCAUAUCCACUGCCAGAACACCGGAGCACAGCAUUAGCUAACCAAGCAGCCAUGCUGUACGUCUGCCUGUACUUCUGUCCCUCCAUCUUGCACACCCAGCAGGCCAAGAUGAGAGAGAUUGUUGAUAAAUACUUCCCUGAUAACUGGGUGAUCAGCAUUUACAUGGGCAUCACUGUAAACUUGGUGGAUGCGUGGGAACUGUACAAAGCAGCCAAGACUGCACUGAACUACACUUUAGAUCCUGCAAAUAUCAGAGAACAGGCUUCUCGCUAUGCAGCCAGUGUGGGGAGUCUGAGGCAGCAGGUACAGCAGACACUGAAGGAAGGUUUCCUGAGGGAGGAGAUCGUACUGGAUAACAUCCCCAAACUGCUUAACUGUCUGAGGGACUGCAACGUCGCCAUCCGCUGGCUCAUGCUUCACACUGCGGAGUCAGUGUAUGAUCCAAACAACAAGCGACUGCGCCAGAUCAAGGAACAAGCGAUCACAGACUCCAAAUACAACCCCAAGAUCCUGUUCCAGCUGCUCUUGGACACAGCACAGUUUGAGUUCACCCUCAAAGAAAUGUUUAAGCAAAUGUUGGCUGAGAAACAGCUGAAAUGGGAGAGCUAUAAGAAAGAGGGAUCAGAGAGGAUGACUGAACUAGCCGAGGUGUUUUCCGGAGUCAAGCCUCUCACUCGAGUGGAGAAAAAUGAAAACCUGCAGGCCUGGUUCAGAGAAAUCUCUAAACAGAUUGAGUCUCUGAACUAUGAAGAUUCAACAGCAGCAGGAAGGAAAACUGUCCAGCUUAUUCAGGCUCUGGUUGAGGUGCAGGAGUUUCACCAGCUGGAGUCUAACUUGCAGGUGUGCCAGUUCCUCGCUGAUACACGCAAGUUUUUACACCAGAUGAUUCGCACGAUUAACAUUAAAGAGGAGGUGCUGAUCACCAUGCAGAUUGUGGGGGAUUUGUCCUACGCCUGGCAACUUAUUGACAGUUUUACAUCCAUCAUGCAGGAGAGUAUCCGAGUCAGCCCAUUUAUGGUCACCAAACUUCGAGCAACAUUUCUGAAGCUGGCCUCUGCUCUGGACCUUCCAUUGAUGCGCAUCAAUCAGGCCAACAGCCCCGAUCUACUCAGUGUAUCACAGUUCUACUCUGGAGAGCUGGUGGCUUAUGUCAGAAAGGUUCUACAGAUCAUUCCAGAAAGCAUGUUCACCUCACUAGCCAAAAUCAUAAAGCUACAGAUCCAUGACAUCAUGGAGGUGCCCACACGCCUGGAUAAGGACAAACUUAAGGACUAUUCUCAGCUAGGGGCUAGAUAUGAGGUUGCCAAACUGACCCAUGCCAUUUCAAUCUUUACUGAGGGGAUUCUGAUGAUGAAAACUACACUCGUCGGAAUCAUCAAGGUGGAUCCUAAGCAGCUGCUGGAGGACGGGAUAAGGAAGGAACUUGUCAAACAAGUUGCUUAUUCUUUACACAAAGGCCUCAUAUUCAACCCCAGAGCUAAACCCAGUGAACUGAUGCCCAAACUAAAGGAGAUGGCCGCCACCAUGGAUGGCUUCUAUCGUUCCUUCGAGUACAUACAGGAUUACGUCAGCAUCUACGGCCUGAAGAUCUGGCAGGAAGAGGUGUCUCGUAUCAUCAACUACAAUGUGGAACAGGAGUGCAACAGCUUCCUCAGGACAAAGAUUCAAGACUGGCAGAGCAUCCACCAGUCUACACACAUUCCCAUUCCCAAGUACCCACCAGUGGACGAAUCUGCCACCUUCAUUGGCCGCCUCUGCAGAGAAAUCUUAAGGAUCACCGAUCCAAAAGUAACGUGUUACAUUGAUCAGCUGAACACCUGGUAUGACAUGAAGACUCAUCAGGAGGUGACCAAUAACAGGCUGUUCUCAGAGAUCCAGGACACUCUGGGUACAUUCGGCCUGAACGGACUCGACCGUCUCCUCUGCUUUAUGAUUGUAAAGGAGCUGCAGACUUUCCUGACUGUGCUUCAGAAGAACAUCCUCAGGGACAAAGCUGUAUCUGAUAUCUUUAAAGCUUUGCUGAAUGCUGUGCACCCAGUCAAAGGCAUUGUGGCAGCUGCCAGUAAAGUUUACGCCACCGCCGUCUCCAAAACACAGAAGAUCUGGCCAGCAUAUCUCGAGUCCAUCAUGAAGGUGGGUCAAAUGCAGAUCCUGAGAUUACAGAUAGCCAAUGAGUUGAACUACUCCUGCAAAUUUGACUCCAAACAUCUCAGUGCAGCCCUGGAAAAUCUUAACAAAUCUCUGCUGGCUGACAUUGAAGCACACUACCAGGACCCAAGCCUGCCGUACCCAAAAGAGGACAACACGCUGCUAUAUGAAAUAACUGCCUAUCUGGAAGCAGCUGGCAUCCACAACCCACUUAACAAAAUCUACAUCACAACCAAGCGGCUGCCGUAUUUCCCUACUGUGAACUUCCUCUUUCUCAUCGCCCAGCUGCCCAAACUCCAAUACAGUAAAAGCCAAGGAAUGACCUGUCGGAGAGCAGCAGACUCUGUGGACUGGGUUCCUCUCGUCUUGGGUUUACUGACUCUGCUGAAACAGUUCCACUCCAGAUACACUGAGCAGUUCUUGGCUCUGAUUGGUCAGUUCAUCCGUUCUAUUAUGGAACAGUGUACCAGUCAAAAGAUUCCUGACAUGCCAGCAGAUGUGGUUGGAGCACUAAUGUUUUUAGAGGAGUAUGUCCGCUACACAAAACUGUCCAGAAAGGUGGUGGAAGCUCACGUGCCAAGUUUCAUUUUUGAUGAAUUCAGGAGUGUCCUGUAAACAUUUCAUGUGUGCACACUAACAUUCUACCUGUAAAUCAUUGUGGUAGCAUUUUGCCUUUUUCUUAAAUUACUAACAAUUCAUUGAUUAAUUAUAAAAAAUGUGUAACAUUUUAAUAUCAAGUGUUUUACAUAUUGUUACCAUGUAGAUAAUAAUAAAUAAUGUCCUUGAUAUAAAUGUUUAUCUCUACUAAUAUGUGUUGUACAGUUUAAAAGUUGAUUAACUUGAUGUGUAAUUUUAAUCUGAGACUGCAUCCCCGAGCUGAUGGUUUUGCUGAAAAAGUUAUAAGGAAAUCUUUAAGGAAAGUUUAAAGGGAGUAAUUAUACUGUUUACUGCCAUGCACCAGCAGAGCAAAAUACUACCCCUUUGAUCACUCAGGUGACUUAGCUUAGAGAAUCAAAUUAAACCACAACAUCUAAACAGUCAGACCUCUUUCAUCCUUAAGUUUGGGCACAAUCGUACAUAUAUGACUUACCAUAACGAUGUAUGAUAUAUCACCCCUAAAACUGCUUCACAAAAAAUAGCUUUACAGGGUCAUUUCCAGCAGGGUGGGGACACCUUUUUUUUGUCUUUUGACUCAAAAAUGCUACAAACUGCAUAUUUCACUUUUAGUUUUUUGAUUCAUUUUCAUUUUGUAUUCGGUAGUUUUAUUAUUAUUAUUUUUUUAUUGACACAGUCAAUAAAUCCACACAUCAUGUCAAUGAAAGAUUUAUUUUGUAUUAAAUAUAUUACAAUACUGAA